CUCCUCCACCUCCCUCCAUCAGUCCCUUCCUUUUCUUUUCAGUUUAUCAUCAUGGAGAACGAGUCGCUGAUCUUCUGGGAUGGGCAGGGCAGCUCCCAGAAUACAAUCUGAAACUCUGAGACCUCUCACUCUGCUGCAGGAUUACUACACAUUACCUACAGUUAGACUUCAGUAACGACCUCACCGUUUACUGUAAAACUACUGCGGACUCUGUUCAUCCUACGAGAGGAAACUACAACAUCUGAGGAAACUACUUCAUCUGCUGCAGAAACUACUCACUCUGACACUACUGUCACUACACACAGGAUUACAACAGUCCACCAGAGAGCCAACCAAUCAGAACCCAACCAGAGACACAAGAACCUGGCACCUCAGACUGGACCAGAACCAGAAGCCAAACCAGUAUCGGACCAGUAAGCCAGUCAGACUCUGUAGAGUGGAUCAGACCAGGCCAGGAUAGACCAGAAGAGACCAGUAGAAAUCAGUAAAGGCCAUUGGAAAAGUUUGAUGGGACUGCUGACGAUAGCCACAUGCCUCUGAGUCCGGCUGCUGACACCAAACAUGAUCGCCCGCGGCAACAGGCGGUUACUAACGGCAACCCGACAGGCUCUGCUGUUGCCAGGGACGAGGACGCGGAUGACACGCCCCCUGGAAACAGCAUUGUCGUCCGCAUCGGCAUCCCGGACCUGCAGCAGACGAAGUGUUUGCGGUUGGACCCAGAGUUACCAGUUUGGACCAGUAAGCAGAGGGUUCUGGUGACGUUGACUCAGUCUCUGUCGGAUGUUUUGAACUAUGGUCUCUUCCAGCCGGCGUUCAACGGCCGAGCCGGAAAGUUUCUGGACGAGGAGCGGCUGCUGAAGGAGUAUCCUCUUCCUCCCAUCACGCCCAUCCCAUACCUGGAGUUUCGUUAUAAGAGGAGAGUUUACACGCAGAGCUACGUGGACGAUAAGCAGCUGGCCAAGCUGCACACCAAGGCCAACCUAAAGCGCUUUAUGGAACAUGUUCAUCAGAAGAAUGUGGAGAAGGUUUCCAAAUGGUUGGAGAAGGGCCUGGACCCCAACUUCCAUGACUCAGACACCGGGGAGUGUCCUCUGACUCUGGCGGUCCAGCUGGAGGAGAGCUGUGACCUGAUUAAAGUCCUCCGCAGUGGAGGAGCUCACCUGGACUUCAGGACCAGAGACGGUAUCACCGCUCUGCACCGGGCCGUCCUCUGCAGGAACAGCGCUUCUCUCACUACUCUGCUGGACCUUGGAGCGUCUCCGGACUACAAGGACAGCAGAGGUCUAACUCCUCUCUAUCACUCUGCCAUGGUGGGCGGCGCCCCCUACUGCUGCGAGUUGCUGCUGCAGGACCACGCCACCAUCGGGAUGACUGAUGAGAAUGGGUGGCAGGAAAUUCACCAGGCAUGUCGCUAUGGUAACGUGCAGCACUUGGAGCACCUGCUGUUCUACGGAGCUGACAUGAGUUCCCAGAAUGCAUCGGGAAACACCGCACUGCACCUCUGUGCUCUAUACAACCAGGACAGCUGCGCCAGAGUGCUGCUGUUCAGAGGAGCAAAUAAAGACAUCAAAAACUACAACAACCAGACUGCCUUUCAGGUGGCAAUAAUAGCUGGGAACUUUGAACUUGCAGAAAUCAUUAAGAUCCACAAAACCUCUGACGUUGUAGUUCCCUUUAGAGAAACUCCAUCCUACACAAAGCGCCGCAGAGCCGGCGUGAGCAGGACGGCGGCUGGAAAUGGUCUGGCUUCACCGCGCUCCCUGAUUCGCUCAGCUAGUGACAACGCUCUGGAAAGCCCCGCCUCCUCUCCUGGCCCCUCCCUCCAAAGCCUGGAAACGCACCACGACACGCACACACAUUCGCUACGACGACACACACGCCGCCUCAGCCCGAGUGGCGGAGGUCAUGUGGAGACCAGUCCCCCCUCCUCCCCUCCUCUAACCCCUCAAAUGAGGAAGAGGAGGCUGUACAGAGCCGUACCAGGACGCACCUUCAUCGCUACCCGGUCCCACGUCCCCCAGGGGACCGGAGAGAUCCAGCUGCACCGAGGAGAGAGGGUCAAAGUUCUGUCAAUAGGUGAAGGAGGAUUCUGGGAAGGAAGUGUUAAAGGAAGGACGGGAUGGUUUCCUGCUGACUGUGUUGAAGAAGUCCAGAUGAGACAAUAUGACCCACGACUGGAAACGAGAGAGGACCGCACCAAGCGACUGUUCAGACAUUAUACUGUAGGAUCUUAUGACAACUACACCUCCUACAGAGGAGGCCGUGCUCAUGGGGCUGUAGCUCCCAAACUUUGGAACAGCCUUCCCCAUUCCAUCAGAUCUGCUGAAUCUGUGGUUUGUUAUAAGCGGCUACUGAAAAAGAAUAGUGACUAUGUGAUUGAGGAGAAGACCGCCGUGCUGCAGAAGAGAGAGAGCGAAGGAUUCGGCUUUGUCCUAAGAGGAGCUAAAGCUGAGACCCCCAUCGAGGAGUUCGCCCCCACCCCUGCGUUCCCUGCCCUCCAGUACCUGGAGUCAGUGGACCAGGGGGGCGUGGCUUGGAGGGCGGGGCUACGGACUGGAGACUUCCUCAUAGAGGUGAACGGCAAUGACGUGGUGAAGGUGGGUCACCGGCAGGUCGUCUCUCUGAUCCGUCAGGGUGGAAGUCGACUGCUGAUGAAGGUCGUAUCUGUUUCCAGGAAAUCUGAAUCCAACCUGAUCAGGAAGAAAGCUCCGCCCCCUCCAAAACGAGCCCCCAGCACCUCAUUGACACUCCGAUCCAAGUCCAUGACCGCUGACCUGGAGGACAUAGCCAGGAGGAGACGCUACGAGAAACUGGAUGAGAUGUUGGCCGGGGGUCAACAGGAAGUCGUUCUGAGGGGUCGACCGUCAGACGACUUCAGAGCGGCGACAGUGAAACAGAGACCGACCAGCCGCCGAAUCACACAAGCUGAGAUUAACUCGUUGUUCGAGCGUCAGGGUCUGGUGCCCCCCUCAGCUCCAGAGAAAAGCACCAUGGCUUUACCCCGAGGGAUGUCCAGGACCAAGAGCUUCGGCACGCCUGAGGACGACAGGAUCUCAGCGCUGAUCAAUGAAAGUCGGUUUCCUCGGAGCUCCUCACUGACAGACAGCUUCAUCCCUCCUCCUCCUCAGACAGCUCCACCCCCUCCUCCUUCCGCCUCCGCUUCCAGCACCUCAAUCUUCAUCCUCGACUCUGGCCCUCCCCCCUCCUUCCUCCCGCCUCCUCCCCCGGCCAGAGGGGACGGUCUAACCCGCUCCAGCUUUAAGCCGGGGGCAGAGCCGAGGCUCCAGGAGCUCUCCGAUUCACCGACGAGGAGCCACGCCCACGCUGAGCGUCAGAGGAAGGCGAGGUCCAUGAUUAUCCUGCAGGACACGCCACCGCAGCUGCAACCUGAUGCGCACGCCGCCGCCGCCACGCAUACGCUGCACACCGCCACGCACACUGCCACGCACACGCUUCACACCGCCACACACACCUCCACGCUGUCUCUCCACAGCACCAGCCCCGCCCUUGGCCACUCACCACUGUCACGCCGCCGGGGACGACCAAUAGAAAACCCCUAUGCUAACGUGGGACAGCAGGCUGCACCCUCCAAGCCACAGAGGAGGAAGUCACCUUUGUUGAAACAACUUCCUGUAGAGGAGCAGGGACUUGGAAUCAAAGAUCAUGAUUUGUUGAAAGUAGACGGAGGUGGACCCAGCAGCCCCAGUAGGGCGGAGCUGUACCAGCAGCAGGUCCUUUCAGAGCGCGCUCGGGUUCAGGGUCGCCGGUCAUCUCUCUUCCUGUCUGUGGAGGGAGCCGGAUCAGAAAACCAAGUGCCGCCCCUGCUGACUCAGAGCCAUUCGAUGGACGACCUCGGCGAGCUUCCCCCUCCUGCCCCGGUCCUGUCACCCUCACCAACGCCUCACACCUUCCUCCACCCAUUGACUGGGAAGCCUCUAGACCCCUCAUCUCCCCUCGCCCUGGCUCUUGCUGCACGAGAACGAGCGCUAACUGCCCGCACGCCAAGCCCAGAGCCUCGACUUAAACAUGUAUCUGCCUCCACCACACCCAUACCCACCCCAGCUGCCAGCCCCGAGGGCAGACAUAAGCGCACUCCUAUCACCACCCCGCAGAGCAGCCCAGAGCCACGGUCCAAACGCACUACCCCUCAGACGAGCCCCGAGCAGCGAACCAAGCGCACCACUCCUCAGACCAGUCCUGAACUGAGGCAUAAACGCAUAACACCGCCCUUGUUCCCUGACGGACAGGUGGAGCGUCCUGAAACAGAGGGAGGAGUGACAUCACCUGCUGCCCCCUCCCCUGAACGCUGGAGACCCACCCCCUUGCCAGCGCUGGCCAAUGAGACUCAUGCUUUGAUUGACAGGCGGAGAAGCCUCACAGUGGGCAGCUCAGAGGAGGAGGGCGGGGCUUACACAGUUACACUCCCACCGGCGUUGUUGUCGUCCAGUGAUGAGGAGACUAGAGAGGAGCUUCGCAGAAUCGGCCUGGUAACUCCACCUGCUGCCUUUGCCAGCCCUCCCGCCCCUCCUCCCCCAUCCUCCCUCACCUUGUUGCCUCGGCGGGGCGGGGAGGGAGGGGGAGGAGAGGGUGGUCCUGACUCCCUAGGUAGGCGUGGUGAUGAGGAGGAAGGAGGUGACGAACGGCUCCUCGACAGCUCCUCCUCCCCCAGUUCCCUCCCUCCCUCCAUAACCUUGGCCUCCCCUCCUGCUCCAACCUCCCCCUCCUCUCCUCCUGCUGCUCACCCGUCACCCUCCUCCCCCUCCACCUCCCCAUCUGCUCUUAAGCCACGCCUUCGUUCACCCAUCGGUAGGGGCCGCUCUGCACUGCGGGACCCGCUGCUGAAGCAAUCAUCAGACAGUGAGCUCCUCCCGUCUGCUGCAUCCUGCUCCUCCCCCUCCUCACCGCUCUGUUCCUCCCCCACCAGUGGUGGACGGCAGCCACGCUAUCUGUUCCAGAGGAGGUCCAAGCUGUGGGGGGGCGGAGACGACCGUGAUGAGCGGCGGGGCUUCAGCCCAGAUGACGGGGGACGUCCAGCAGCUCUAGGAGGUCAGGGGUCAGGGUCAGCUGUGGAUCUGACCAGCCGGUCGGCAUCAGCUCUGGAGCUGAGCGGCAGGGCGGGGUCCGGACUGGAUCUGGCUAAUCGGCUACAGCUGCUCAACAAAGACAGUCACUCUCUGGGGGAGGAGCCAAGUCCCCUCGAUCCAGGCCGGAGGUCACCGGUAGGAGGUGCCAGAUGUGUGGACAAUGGAGAGAGUAAAUCGUUGUUCUCCAGUCUUGGUGAACUCCACACUAUCUCCCAGCGAGGAUACGGAGCCAGCUAUACAGUCCGACCAGGAAGCCGCUACCCCGUCACCCGCCGGAGCCCCUCCCCCUCUCCCUCCCCAUCUGAUAGGUCAAUAGGGCUUCCCUCCUCCACCGCCCCCUGCUCUGAAAGGCCAGAUCUGAGCUCGGGUCGAGGUCUAACCAUCCUGAAGUCGUCCAGUCUCAGCCUCCCCUCAGAACCAAAAGAGGUUCGGUUUGUGAUGCGAAGCGCCAGUGCACGAACCAGGUCCCGUUCACCCUCACCUUCACCACACGCCUCUCCCUGCCCGUCCCCGGUCCUUAGUGGGCCCCUGUUGGCCCUUCGGCCAUGGAGGCAGCGGCCCCUCAACCUGUGGAAUAAAUAUGACGUGGGGGACUGGCUGGAGAGCGUGGGCCUGGCCGAACACCGCCAGCGCUUCCAGGAGCACGAGAUCGAAGGCUCCCAUCUCCCCGCCCUCACCAAGGAGGACUACGUGGAGUUGGGUGUCACCAGACUGGGACACCGAAUCAACAUCGAGAGGGCUCUCAGACAGCUGCUGGAUGGUUCCACUUGACCCCUCACCUCUGACCACUAACCUCUAGACAUCCUGAACUGUGACCUCAUAACCUCUGACCUCUGGUCAGACACUAGGCCAUCUCUUUGAUUAGGAUAUCUUAGCAGUGACUGAAUCUUUAGACCUUUUUACCAAUGUUGAGCCCUCUCUGAGUGAUCUCGCUGACAUUUUGGCUUAUCAGCUCUUUGAUCGACCCGAACAGACGGGUGCCACUGAGGUCUGUGUCCAGUAUUUAUCUUUUUAAAGGUAAAAAGAAGUAACAGUUAACCACCAAGCUUUGUCUGAGUUGACAACCAGGCUGCCUUAGAUCCAGUGUGUUCUCUUCAGUUUAAAGCCUUCUGGCAGAUUUCUUACCAACAGUUCAAGUCCAACAACGCACAGAGCAUAGCCAUCAUUUCCAAUGGAGAGAACAGCUGCAGGAGCCAUAACGGCGUGCACUGCUCUUUUUCCACCAGGUUUUGCAGUCAAAGAUUAAUUACAUUGGACUUUACCUCCAAAUACACCAACCACCCCAACGCAAAAAUUUGAUUCGGGCAUUGACCUGAGAGUCAAGGAGGAGACAAUUUUUGGUUCUUACUUUAUACUACUAAUAUAAUGACCAAAAAUAUGAAAAAACCUUAAAGUAGAAAGUUAAAGACUAACAUUUGAUCCAUAUUCGUCAGUUUUUUAGGUUUCUAGGCAGAGUCUUUGUCGUACAGAGCUGGUCCUGCAUCGGUGUUCAACAAAUUCAUGUACGUUUUGAUCUACCAGAAUAGAGUGCAUCAGGGAUGACAGGUUUUUGUAGGCCAAAGCAGAAGUUAACAUCACCCUGGUUCCCUAAACAAAAAGCCGACGGGAUUUCUCCAUUGGAUUUUGGAUUAUUGCAGAAAAUAAUCUCUGUGGCAAACAAAUGUCCAUGAUACUUGCACGUUGUGUUGCACACCACUUCAUGAUUUUGACUAAAGCAAAAAGUAAACAUCACGCUAUAAAUGAACUACACUGCUGCUACAUGACUUAACGUCGCCACCGUGACAAGGCUGUGAAGCCGUGUUUGGCGUGAUGAUGUGUAGUCUCAUUUAACCACUUUAUAACAACUGAACCGCCUUUUUUAAGACACCUGAAGGCCUUAAAAUUCAUGAGUGGGGUAUUUAAUGACGUAUUUUUUUGUCAUAGAACAAAAUGUGAAAGUCUGUUUAGAACAUGUUAACCACAGACUUUAUUUCAGGCAACUAACCAACAAUCAAUUGACUUUGAGUCGAGGGAACUUGGAGUGCUAACAUGCCGACUCAACUGGUGCCAAAAUGGCUUCACAGCCAGUUACAUUAAAAUAAAAUCCAAUGUUAUCUCUUAAGUUACGCUGACUGAGCUAAUGAAUUGAACUUUGACUCAACGAACAAUCUGAAGUUAUUAGUUUUACCAUUAUAAAAGAAAACAAGCAAAUUUUCAUAUUUGAGAAGUCAUCUGUGAAUUUUCAGUUAAGCAAUCAAUAUUUUUCUUUUUACCGUCAGUCAACUAGUUGAUUAACCAAUUAACUGUUUAAGCUUCAAUGUAAUGUUUUAGCUAAUUUUGCAUUUCUAGAAUUUGCGUCAACUCACUUAACAAUAAGACUGCAACGCUUACUUUCAUCGUCAAUUAAUCCGUCGAUUAUUUUCGUAAUUAAUCGAUAAGUUGUUUGGUCUAUAAAAUGUCAGAAAACGAUAAAAAAAUAUCGAUCAGUGUUCCCCAAAGCCCCAAAGUUUUGUCUAAAGAUAUUUAGUUUAUGAUCAUAGAGCCGGAAAGGAGGCAGAAAAUAGUCACAUUUAAGAAGCUGGAAUCAGAAAGUUUUGAUUUCUUUUGUUUAAAAAUAACUCACACCAAUUAAUCGAUUCUCAAAUUAGCUGGCGAUGAAUUUAAUUUAUGACAAUUAAUGGAUUAAUCAUUGCAGCUCUACUCUCCAAAGAAUUGGAGAAAUUUCACCUACAGUUGCUAACAUUCUGUGCUAGCUAGCAAAUGUUCUGUACUAGCUAGCGAAAGUUCUGUGCUAGCUAGCAGCCUAAUUUGUAAGCUAGUGAAUUGUUUUCGAAUACUGACGUAACGUAGCUAUUAAACAGUUUUUUUUUAAUUUUAAUCACCAGAAAAAAAUUAAUUGGAAUACCUGCGUUUUGACUAAAGCUAGCUCAUAGCAUCCACACAGUGCUCUACAGCAUCCUGUUAGCAUACGAAGCUAAUCACAGCUGGACACAGAGCUUCACUGCUAAUCUCAACAGGUGAUCAAAGAGCUGAUCUGACAAACUGAUUACAAAUAUAACGAGAUGGGUUCUUUUCCUCGUGCUAUUCUGCUUCCCCAGACGAGUUUAGCUGAACUUUUUGCUGGCAGAGCUGGACGAUUAGCGAGCUACUGGGAGUCUCUACCUUGACAACAGCAACGGGAGAUUAGCUGAGGAUAUUUCUCCGUCUUUUCUUGUGACUUUUAUUUUUUUUUCCAAAUAUCACUCAUGAAGAAUUUGUGUUUAUUUUGAGUUCAUAUCUUGACGCCGAUCAUUUAGAAUUUAUGAAUAACAAGUAAUAAUAAUGUGGUGGUGAUGACUUACAGAGUUUAUAAUAGUUUGGAAAAUGAUUUUGAGUUCCUUAUGAUUUGACAAUGAGUUGAAUUUCAAGGUCGUUCUCGGUUUUGAGAUUCAUAAUGAUUUGUCAAUGAGUGUGACUUUGUGCUGAUGUGCUGUGUGUUUCAGGGAGAGCUGCAGCGGAGCUCCAACUGUAAACCUCUCUGGUUUCUAACCUGCUUAUCGAGGGCUUACUGUACAUGGUGCUAUCUGUUUAAAGCCAUCUGUACAGAGUAUACCUUUCCUCUUCCCCUCCUAUACCGUCCCUACACACUGACACACAAAACUCUUAUCUUAACCCCCCUUAACUCUGUCAAUCCUAAAUUAAUCAACCGAGUGUGGCUGUACCUGCCAUGACCAUCUCACAGUAAUGGUGACUCGCCAGGAACAGGCCAUAUAUGGAGUUUCCUCCCUGCCAUAUUGGGGAUUUCGUCCCUGCCAUACGUGGAGUUUCCUCCAGACUAUAUAUAGAGCUUCCCAGGGGCCGUAAAUAGAGUUUAAAACAGACCAAUUACAGUUUACGGUGUGAUCACAUCAAGUCACAAAAUCUGUGUUUAUGAGUUAAAAAGUGGUCACACCAAAUUUCAUUUCAGUGACAAAGGGUGUGAGUUGUAUUUACUUCUAGUUGCAUGUUGAUCCCACCUCACAAAAGAGCCCAAUAUGAUUGGUUCUCCAGUGUCCAGCCAAUUUCAUAGUGAAGGUGGAACUGGACGCCUAAUUUGGGGAGUACUCUCUAUUAUAUAUCUCUGCACAGUGAAAUACUGUGAGUGUCAGAGAACAACAAAUGCUGCUUGGUUCAACAAUAGCUAUAGAAGUUGAUGACAUUUAAGCAGUCCUGCACAGGUCUGAUUUAAAGACCGACAGUUCCAAACAGGAACCACGAUGUGCAUUACCACACCCGCUCCACCACCCGCACAUACGACCAAAAAGUUCCACCAACACAAGAUCCACAGCCCGACCCAAAACCCUACAAUAACUGUGUGCUGCUGGAAUAAUUUCUUUAGGCAGCACGUGUAAAGUGAUUAUUUUGGGAUGUUUCAUACAUGUGAAACUAAGAUAUUAUAUUUUAAAACAGAGGUAAUUUAGAAAAUAAUAUUUAAAUGACUAUUUUUGGCUUAUUCUCUUAAUAUUGAGCAGCACAUCUGCACAGUUAACGUGCCUGUUAGUAACACACCUGACUGAUGUGCCUCUCAUAUUCUAACAGAGCCGACACACGAAGUCAGAGCAUUAAAACAUUAAAAUAUUCCUAUUUUCAUUUUAUUUUUAUAUAUUGAUCAUGUGAUGCCCACAAUCCGACCUGCACGUUCUUUUUUUUUUCACCCAAAACUGAACCUUAGUAAAUUUAAGACCACCCGCGAAUCACCUUUUUUGUGCGGGUCAUUUGCCGCAUAUCCAGAUACAUGAGCCGAUAGAGGACUCUGUAGUUCAGAGGGGCCGGGCAACAUGGCCGCAUUUAUUUAUUUUAAGCAUCAAAAUGCAGAAAGGCUAAAACCUGAUUGAAAUAUACUCUGAAGGUUAUCAGUUGCAGGAUUAACUAUAUAAAGAUGGACGACAUGUCUUCAGCUUCUGGCUACUGCACCAAAGUGAAGCCAAAAUAUCCUGGAUACAGCUGCUGCCAUCUGGCAUUAGUGAAGUCAUUUGGAGCCAGAGUCUGCGCAGUAGUUUUGAGUAUUGAAUUCUGCCCGACCCAACUGCAAGUAGCGCCAUUGAUCCUGAGCACACACAUGACACACACAGCUGUCAAUCAGGACAUCAGACCCCCAUUUAUAGCAUCAAAUAACAAAUUAAAACCAAACUUGUCAGAAAAAUGAACAAACAUCAGUGUGAUGAGAACUGCGUAAAAUCUUCUCUGGGGAACAUUUACUUCAUGUGUACUUUGAGAUUGUAGUUUGGCCCCAUCUGUCCUGUCCCCAAACAUGGAGGGGGCAGGCUUUAUGACCAAUACUGCAGCCAGCCACCAGGGGGCGAUCCAGAUGUUUUGGCUUCACUUUUGCAGAGCUGUCCAGGCUGCCAUGAAGUGCACCGGGCUUUGAAGCCAAUUUUAUAUAGUGGCUAAGCAUGGAAUUACAACUUCCUGGUCCAUCAUGGAAUACCGCUGGGCCCGAAAAAGACUUUUCCCAUAGAUGUGAAAGAGACGUCUGUAAAUUAGCGUAUACAUUUUAUAGAGCAUCACCAACCCUGUGAAAUGACUUGUUCCACCAUCAGAAUUUGAUCCAUUCAGUCUGAUAACAUUUGGAAAGUCUGGAAGGGCCAUAUGAUUCUAUAAUUUUGUACCCAGUGAAAUUAGCUGAGCGCUAAAUGGAAGUAGCCAGCUCGGCUAGCGUAAGUCUUUAGUGCGUCUGCUGCAUUGGCCCAGAAGAUUCAGGUAAAUCUACACUUGUCAGUUGAAGUUUUCUGGCUUCAUGCGCCACUGAGCAGCUUCCAUAAGAAUUAACGGGCUUAGCGUCCAACGCUGUAUCCAGUUCUCUUUAUACAUCCAUGGAGCUGUCAUGUCGUCCAUCUUUAUGUAGCCUACAGUCAUCGAUCCCACAAUAUGCUCCUGCUGUUUGUGUCUCUCAUAUCUGCAGCCUCUUUGUGCACGUCGUUAUAACUUGAUUUUGAACACGUAGACAUUUCGUGCAAACUCAAAACUUCAUCAGAUUUGGAUAUUUUGCCCAGACCUACAUGAUAGCGUUAGAUAAGAUUGAUUUGAUUUACUCUUUUUGGAUUGCUAUUGCGACCAUGCCAGCCAUGCUAACUGACGCACUUUAUACUUAAAGCCCUGCACACACAGCACGACUGUCGAGCUUUUCACCACAGUAUGCAAGUAAAGUUCACCUUUCAAAAUCUGGUCUGACUGCACCGUUAAAAACAUUAGUGGACACAACUCUUACAGAAACUGUCCCUGCUUUUGUGAUCUUAAAGAGAGACGGAUGAGGAGACUUAUAUCUGUGUGUCCAGGACGUGUUUAGCUUAGCUUAGCACAAAGACUGGAAGCAGGAGGAAACUGCUAGCUUAACUUUUCUCUUUUAAAUCAGAAGUUAAUAAUCACAAACUGUUGAUUUUAACUGACGGAGACACUUGUUGUCCUCGUCUUUGCUACACCUCCCUCUUGUCUUAAUAACUUCACACAGCAAACUAAUUUCACACUGCUGUCAAACUACCUAACACGGGAUCGCCCUCUGAAGCACAAUCAACGUUCCAGUGCCUGUUUCCAAGACAACAAAUCUACAGCGUUUAUGACGCUUUUUAUUCCCAACUGAAGAACCUGAACACGAGCCAAGACCACAAUCAUGAAUCCCAAAGUUGUACAAGUUCACAGUGCCCUUUAGUACAGAGGUAAAGAAUGUAUAGUCUAUGUACAGCACAUUACAGUAGACUCUAUAGUCUGUUUAAUAUAUAUUAUGGUAGAAUGAUGUAGCUAUAGUGUAAAAUAUAAAGUAUAGUAGACAAUAAAAUGUAUACAGUAAUAUUUUGGUAGACUGUAGUCUAUAAAGUCUUUAGCUGCGUGUGAUAUUCAGUCGUAAACAGACACACAUCAGCUGUUUAUCCUCUAUGAAUCCAAGAGUUUAUAUAUAUUUAAAAAAUAAUAAUAAUUUAACUCAAAACCAACUUGUAUGAUUAAUUAAAUUAUAUCUGAGUUCAUCAUGCUAGUUUGUAGUGUUCUGAGCAAGAGUCUGUUCAGUCUGAUCUGAGCAACACUUCCCCAGAAAGACGUAUAAAAACAGAAAUCAGAUCCCGGCAGCGUGAAUCCAAACCCGUUAACUACAUCUGAAUUCUUUCUAAUCUUUUAUCAGUUCUUGUUAAAUUGAGCUUAAGUAACUAAAGUUCACCGUCUGGCUGUCAGCACUUGACCCCGUAUUUAUUUCAGGUAACUUAGCGUCUCUUAGAACCUUGGUUACGCAUGUAACUCCCAAUUGGAGUUGUAGUUUGAAAAGAGAGCUGUGAUUGGGUCACAUUGAUCCUGCGUGCAAACUAAAAACAUCUUCAGGCCCCGAUCAGACAGAGCACUUUUUACAGGAUGAAAAACACGAGGCGCACCCAUACAGUGUGUAAAAAUAACUGACGUAGCAACCGUGACGUCACCCAUUGAUAUGUUUUGUUUCCUAGGAUGGUGAAAGCAUGACCCGCCCUACUCUGAUUGACUUACCCAGAUGUUUUUACCCCUUGUCAGAACCGCUGUUACCCGCCAUGCCUAAACCCGACCCACCCACCCAACAGGCGAUGAGUGCUAGCCAAUCAGAGGGAGAGUAGGGCGAGUCAUGCCUUCGCUAUCCUAGGAAAUGCAAAGUCACAUCAUGUUUUCAGCAUUUUGACCGUCGCCAUCUUGUUUUUUUGGAGCCAGAAGUGACCAUAUUUGGAUGAGAGGGUGGAGCUACAGAGGAGCGAGGCGUGGAUCUGACUCGUAGACUUUGUUGAUGGAUCGCAGGCGGCCAGACACUCAAAGACUGGCCCGCUUCUCAGUUCAUCCAAUCAGACAAUGAGAAAAACACAACAUCGGGCGCUUUUCUGCUUGAGUUAAAUUUUUUCAGCUUAAGGUGUUUAGGUCGCUCCUGCAAAAACGCCAGGUGUUUAGCAAUACAAACGCAGUGAGCAAAACUUCUAAAAAUGUCUCUGACUGAUUGGGGCCUUCAGAACAUGGUUUAUAUUUCCACUACACAAUGAAGUUUCACUACGACAAUCAAUUUAUAUGUACUGUCAACAGUCGUGUAGAAUUACGUCGUCUUUUUUACAACGUUAACUCACAGAAAUAUGCGCUUACAAAAAUUUGCUUGGCAAAACAGCUGGAUGGAAAAGCAAAAGUUGAACUAUAGGUUCACAUUUUUUGCCGAACAUGGGGUUUUUGUUGUUUUUGGCAUUUUAUCAAGCCUCAAAAUGCAGCGCGAAUGUCGACCCAACACUAGCGUGAAAUGCGAGUUGGAAUGCCGCCAGUGUUGAAAGCACAUUGGUUAAAACCGAAAAGGACGACUGAAAACAAGCUAACGUCAAGGAACUACAGAGCACCUGUCUGCGCCUUAAAAUGUUACCUCCAUUUGCUAACGUUCUGGGGUAGCUAACAAAUUAGUUUUUUUUAAAGAAUACUAAUGUAAAGCAGCAAAUUUUGCUUUCUGAGUUCAGACAAAUUUAAAUAUUUGAAGCGAGUAAGCUAAUCAGGAUUUGUUAAGAUGCUCCUAAAGUUAAUUAACAUUGUUCAAAGGAUCGAGACAGCUGAUUAAAGAUGCUCAGGUUGAAGUUUGGGGCGGGCUUGAAGCUAACUAGUUGGUAUGAAGUGCUGUUCGUUCACCUCAAGGCAAAGAAAAGGUGUGUGUAGAUGUUCAGAUGGCGGCAGAAGACUUCCUGCCAUAUAGAAGAGGAUGCAACGAAUCAUACGUAGAAAAGUUCGUACUUGCUCUCCUCCAUAUAUGUAAAUGCUGCUGAUGUAGGCGAGAUUAUCAGGCUGCUGGUUUGGGAAAGUAACAAAAAUAUUCCUAUAUUCAGUCUUCAGAUAAAACGGAGAAGUGUCCUGAUGUCCUCAGAGUUUAGAUUAAUUGACCUUCUUGACAUCAUUUAUCUUUAUAACCACAGAAGAAGAAGAGCGCGCUGGUGUGCAGCUGUUCCACAGAGUGAAUAUCACACACAUCACAUACACACUAAAUGUGUAGUAUAUAUUAUAAUGGACUAUAGUCUACUGUACAGAGUCAUCCACAGAGUGAGACGUGGGCUGUCGCUUUCUCUGCAGUGUAACAGUGAUAAUCAGCGAUGGUGAGGUCAUGUGACCUCGUAACCUCUGACCUCAGGUCCCCCACCCUGUACACUAAUAGAAACAUGAGGUCAUCCACUUGUUGUAGGAUUUCUCAGCCAAUCAGGAACCAGCAAACCUGCUGCAAAAAGUCUCGUCAGUGACGUGACGAUGAAGUGAGGUCGGCGGUGUUCCUCCACCUGGAAAAGUAGUUCCUUUUGUUGUUUUUAUUUUUAGCUGAAGUUCUGCCUUCAAAAUUAAACCAGUGUAACAGAUUGUUCAGAGUCGAGAUAAACACAUGAAUCAAAGUUUAUUCAGCAGCAACAUGUUUUUUGUUUUUCAAAUCCCUGAGUCACCAGUCCAUCUGUCGGGUUCGGGCUCUGCGGGUGACUCACGAAUGAAGUUUUUCUGCCUGGUCCCGAUUUAUUUUCACCUAUCACCAGACAGUUAAUCAGACCUUUGUCUCCACAGCAGACAGUUUGUGAAAAGGGAGGAUUUGUUUUGGCUUCUCUGGUUUCAAGUAAAAAUCCUGUUUGUGUUUUUAAUAGACGCUAUCAGGUGACUGACAGUUUGAGGUUUUAAAGUCCUGGAUGGACAGGUGAACUCUCGUAGCUGAAUUAUUUGUGCAAAAGAUGAACAGUUAUGUCAGAAAAAUAUCUCAUUCUUUGAUUUAAAAAAAAUCAAAGGUAUGAGAAGCCUGUCGACAUAAAAACUGAAGGAGAGAAAUCAACUGUAACUGUAAAGUAUAAUAUAAUCUGCAGUUGAAAGGAACUCCGCAGCUUCUAACGGCUGAAAAUUACAUUCUUACGAAUCACUUACGACUGAUUUUGGAAAGUCAAAUUUUCCCCAAAGAAAAGACAGUGGAAAAUAUCUGAGUACAUUUAGUCAAGAACUGUACAUAAAUACAAUUUUAGUAUUGUAGUAUGUUACGCUACUUUAUACGUCACUACAUAUCGCAGAGAAAUAUUGUACUUUGUGCUCCGCUACAUUUUUUUAGGGAGCUGUAGUUACUUUUCAAAUUUAUUAUUUUACAAACCGAACAUGACGGAUUUAUGAAAACUGAUCCACUGUUAACAGAUCAAACUAUAAAACGUAUAUAAAGUAGUUAAAAUUAGUUCGUCAACAUUAAAGUAUCAGCUGACAUAUUAACACAUCGAUAAUAACAACUCUGCGUUGUGAGUACUUUUACUUUUGAUACUUUACGUACAUUUUGUUUUAAAUACUUUUGUAGUUUUCUGUGAAAUUUUGAACGCAGGACUUUUACUUGUAAUCGAGUAUUUUCUUAUAGUAGUACUUUUACUUAAGUUAACGAUUUAAAUAUUUAUUCUAUCGUUGUUAAUUAGAACGUUUUAACAGUCGGAGACAAAAUGUCAGAGUAUUAACAAGAGGCUGACAGGAGACGAUCGUAUAAAAAGAUGGAACCAAGAGCCACAAUUGCCGCCACUGCAUAUCUGACAGCGUUCACCAUGGUAACGCCUCAGCUUCCUGCUGAUUGGCUGAGAAUCCUGGCUUUCUAACCUGCGUGUGAAACCCUCCUCCUCCUGAUACUCACCUGGUUAUAAUGGUUUUAUGGUUACCUUCCUCCUCCUCCUCUUCCUCUCUAGCUUCCUCUUUUUACAGUAUGUUUGUAGUUUCUUCUGGAGUGAGUGGUGUGUGUACUUGUAGUUUUUUUCUUCCCUUUUCUAAAAACUGAAGAGCACACAAACGACAACUGAUGAGCUCUGCAACGCAACAGAUUGUAAUCUUUAUAAUAAACUGUCAUUUAUUACAAAGUUAAA